AUGGAGGCGGGUGAAGGUGGUAAGCGUGUCUGGAUGCUGGAGAGAUACGCCCGACUGACCAGUCAGAUAGUGGGCCGGGAAAUAAUGCCAGCUAAGGACGGUUGGGAGUAUUUUGACAAGAAGGACGAGAGCCUCCAGUUGCUCGUCUCCGCCGACCAGCUCCUCGUUCACCAGGGCAAACGGCAAGUUGAGAGCCUGAACCUGUCGGCGGCGGGGACCUGGGUGAAGGGCGUCAAUAAGGGCGACAGUCUAAUGGUGGUCUGUAACCUCAAGAAUUUCACAGGACGGCGGUUCCGGGUGAAAUUCUCCCCAUCCACAGAAAAGACCGCCAUAAGCCUGUGUCGGGAAUGUAUAGAUGUUCUGGCUAAAUAUUUCCCUAUAAAACUGCCAGGCGGGAACGAAACUGGGAGUGCGCCCAUGCAGGUAACGUCGCAACGCAGCCUUUCCGGAAGUAUGACGUUGACUGAUGACGUCACCAUCGGACAAAUUGCUCAGGCCAUAUCCAGCCCAUCACGACCACAGAUGCCGUCGCCUUACUCGCGUUUCCAUGACAACAGUUACCAUGGUGACCUUAACACGCAGGUUAAACUGUGCCUUACUGAUCCGGAGUUCCCCGCCUUUGUUGGACAAGUAGAAAGAGAACUAGAAAAAAUAAAACGAGAAUCAUGCUAG